AUGAGGCUUCGGAACCAUGGCGUUGUGAUCGGCGGCCCACCGUGCUCGCUGAACAUCUGGCUGUCGUCCUCUGUCCACAGACGAAGCUUAUCGCACCCCGAAGGUGACACGAGGAACUAUAAGGUUCGUCUGUCGAACCUUAUCGCUGCCAACACGGCGUGCUGGUUGACCUUGCUGCGUGACAUGGGCAAGGUCUUUUACUGGGCCCUGGAGCAACCAUCUCCUUCCUGGCUAUGGCGGCUGGAGUGCAUGAUCGGCCUCACUGCUGCUUUUGGGGCAGCGCGGAUAUGCACAUGGAUGGCAUUCUUUGGUCACGACAUGCUGAAGCCGUCCACACUCAUGGGGACCCUUCCGGGCUUGGCUGGCAUGCGCAGGGUCAUGCGAAAGGCGGACCGUGGCAAGUUCAAGCGCCGAUUCGCUUGGGCCUUGGAUGAUCUUCCCAGCCAGUUGUUCGCGUCACAUGUGCUUGCACUGCAUCGACCCAACUCCAUUGGCUGCUAG